CUGGCUGAAAGCCUGAAACAAAAUGGCUGUUUGUGUCGCUGUAAUAGCGAAGGAAAAUCACCCGCUAUUCUUGCGGACAAUGUCUCCAGAAGAAGAGUUGAAAUUUCACUAUACGGUGCACACCUCCCUGGAUGUCGUCGAAGAGAAAGUUUCAUCGUUAACAAAAAGCUCAAAUGACCCGCGAGAGCUUUACCUGGGUUUGCUGUAUCCAACAGAAGAUUAUAAAGUAUAUGGCUAUGUUACGAACACCAAGAUCAAAUUUGUUGUUGUAGUUGAGUCAGCCAACAACCUAUUAAGAGACAAUGAAAUUAGAAUGAUGUUUCAACGUCUCCAUGUCGCAUACACCGAUAUGUUCUGCAACCCAUUUUAUAACCCUGGAGAAAAUAUCACAUCCAGGCGAUUCGAAAAGAUUGUGGAAAACAUGAUGAAGCAAGACUAGAGAUUCCAGGAAGACAUGCUUUGUUGAAAGUGAUGUCUCCUUUGUAGACAGUAGAAGUGUCACUUCCAAUGCAGACUAAACCAGAGAUUGAGACCACCAAAGUCUACUCAGUUUUGCAUAAAAAUUGCAAACCAGGGUCAAAAUAUUUGUAAAUAAUUUGCCAUGCAUCGAUAGCAAACAACUUGAUGAUGAAUUAAAGUUUAUGUUGUCCCUAUCA